UGCAAAAUCAACCGGUAUGCCAGAUGCAUUUCGUUCUGCACAAACCUUUCUCUUGCAGGCAGCAGGCACUAUAUAAUCCUCCCCUUGCAUUCUGCUUCAAUCCUGAGCUUUUAUUUCACCCGUGGCCGAGCACAAGUACACCACAAACAACGACGAGAGGCCUUGUUACUCUGUUCAUAGCCACGACGUACAGUUGGUGAGGCACAUCAGAAACACCAUGGGCAUCCUGGACCACUUUUCCGAUCUCUGCAGCAUCACGGAGACCAAGGAGGCCCUCAAGCUCCGGAAGAAGCGCCCCCUGCAGACGGUAAACAUCAAGGUGAAGAUGGACUGCGAGGGGUGCGAGCGGCGGGUGAAGAGCGCCGUGAAGUCGAUGCGGGGCGUAACCAGCGUGGCGGUGAACCCGAAGCAGAGCAAGUGCACCGUGACGGGGUAUGUGGAGCCGGCCAAGGUGCUCGAGCGGGUGAAGAGCACGGGCAAGGCGGCGGAGAUGUGGCCCUACGUGCCCUACACGAUGACCACCUACCCCUACGUCGGCGGCGCCUACGACAAGAAGGCCCCGGCGGGCUUCGUCCGCAGCGCGCCGCAGGCCAUGGCCGACCCUAGCGCGCCGGAGGUCAGGUACAUGACCAUGUUCAGCGACGAGAACGUCAACGCAUGCACCGUCAUGUGAUCAUCCCGGGCGUGAGCCGCCGGCCGGCGAUGGCAGUGGCCACGGCCAUGUAUGCUCGUAUGCAAGCUAGCUAGUUCAGACAGAGCGCAAAAAAGAAAUAUAUAUAUUUGCCUUUAAUGAGUUUUUAUAUGUUAGGUGUAUUUAUGUCGAUGCAUGUGUUUGGUUAAUUGGUUUCAAAGAAGAAAAGCCAAUAGAAAGAAUGGCUAAUUUUGGAUUC